CUUUGAGAUCGUCGUAAUUAAUUAUCGCCCUGAUGCCCGAUGCGCUACCUCAGCACGUCCAUCUCCGUCUUUAGCCAACCCACUCGCCUUUUUCUGUCGGAGGAACCACACGCCAGCCUUGCCUUUAAUACACCGCGAAGCAGAAAAAGACCGGCCGAAGGAAGCGCCCGGGGAGCAGGUUAUUCUUGAGGCCGAAGUCGCUGCAGCGCUCAGGUGAAGAAAGCAGAACUGUGAAGAAGGCAAGAUGGAUCUUGAUGUGUUAAACAUGUUUGUAAUAGCUGGAGGCACUUUGGCUAUUCCCAUUUUGGCUUUUGUGGCGUCCUUUUUCCUGUGGCCUUCAGCACUGAUCAAAAUAUAUUACUGGUAUUGGCGUCGAACCCUGGGCAUGCAGGUGAAAUAUGUACAUAGUGGUGAUUAUCAGUUUUGCUAUUCUUACCGAGGGAGACCCAGCCACAGACCAUCUGUCCUCAUGCUGCACGGGUUCUCGGUUGAAAAAGAUAUGUGGGUUUCUAUAAUCAAGUUUCUUCCAAAAAACCUUCACUUGAUUUGUGUUGAUAUGCCAGGUCAUGGGGAUACUACUCGGUCAUCUCUUGAUGACUAUUCCAUAUAUGGACAAGUGAAAAGAAUACAUCAGUUUGUUGAAUGUAUCAAUCUGAAUCGAAAGCCAUUUUGCCUGGUUGGAACUUCUAUGGGUGGACACGUGGCUGGCGUUUAUGCUGCUCAGUAUCCUGCAGAGGUCUGCUACUUAAGUCUUAUAUGCCCUGGAGGUAUUCCACAGCCCCCAGAAAACAAUUUUGCAAAACAGGUGAAGGAGUUGAAGAAGGACUGCUUUGAUCAGUUUCCUUUGAUUCCAUCCACUGUGGAAGAAAUGAGGGACAUGCUAAAACUGUGCUCUUAUGUUCGCUUCAAGGUGCCCCAUCAGAUCCUGCAGGGCCUUGUUGACGUUCGGAUCCCACAUAAUGAUUUUUACCGAAAAUUGCUUUUAGAGCUAACAGAUGAAAAGACAGCGACCUGCCUUUAUGACAACAUGAGCAAGAUCAAAGCUGCAACACAGAUUAUCUGGGGGAAGCAAGAUCAGUUGCUCGAUGUUUCAGGAGCAGACAUUUUAGCAAAAGCAAUCCCUGAUGCCCAAGUUCAUAUUCUGGAAAAUUGCGGGCACAGUAUAGUCGUGGAACGACCCAGAAAAACAGCAAAACUUAUUCUGGAUUUCAUCAUCGCUGUACAGAAUGCUGAGAAUAAGAAGAAACUGGCUUGAACUUUUCCUAUGGGUUUGAACCCUUAAGCCUAGCUGUAUCAGUUGAGAGGAAAUACUGCUAAUUUAAUCAGUUCUCAGGGAUCUUAUUAUACAGAACUUGGUGAUUGUGCCAAAAUCCCUGAAGAAAUCUGAAUAAUUCAUAUAUUUAAUUUAGAAGUCUUAUCAGUGUAAUGACUCUGGGAUACUGAACAAUCUUCACAAACAUAUGAUAAUGAUAAUAAAGUCUAAUAAAAAUCUGCAUUUCUAGAUAUUUGGAGGAAUAGUAAAAGACUUACAAGGUAGAUGUGUAACACU